GGGUUGGUUAAUAUCAACCGUUAGUUUUCGCUCCUUAUUAUCUUUCUCUCCCUCGCCAAGAGAGACUGAGAGAGGGUCCAGCCAUGGUUUUCUCCACACUAUCGCCUCUCUCAUUCCCCAACUUGACACUCUGCGCUAAACCCAAUAAUCUUCGUAACAAGAUCCCAUGUGGGUGCGAUAAAAAACUCCCAAGUUGUUCCACUUCUUCUUGUUCGUCACCGUCUUCCUCACCAUUUCACGUGCUACGCUACUCCAUUAUUCCUCUGGCAGCUUCAGCUGCCAUUCUUCUUUCUUCAAAUCCAGCUGAAGCUGGAUUUUUGUCUGGAUUACCUGGAAUUGAGUCAGUUCCUGGUCCUGAGUUGCCUCAAAUUGACUUUCUUAAUCGCUUCAACGAGGAAAACCAGAAGAAGUACGCAGAAAAUGAUGCAAGAUUUAAAGAAUCACCCCUGCUCAAGAAGCUGCUAGAGAAAUCCAAGUUGAAUAAAGAGAAGAACCGACUACAAAUUGAAAACAAGUACUGCUUGCGUGGGGCAGAGUGGGGAGUUGGUGAUUGUUCAGCGGAGGGGAUGUCGGUGGAGGAGAGAGAUAAAUUCAUUGAAAUGCUGAAGCAAAAGGCUGGAGUAAAUGAAUGAACCCUUUCUACGUAAUGAUUUACUGGAUUAGCAGUAGAGACAAACCUCCCCCCAGAGUACCACGUUUCAUAUAGUUUUUAAAUUAGAUAUAUGGUUGAAUGGUGGUCAUUUUUUACUAAUCGUUUAUGUACUAUGAAAGAGAUGAUAUGUAUUGACAUUAGUCUCUGAUAGCAAGUAAGCUGUUGAGUUCAGCUCUUCAUCAACUUAUUAAGCUCAUCACUUGACCGUAUAUGUGGUUGGAGUAUAGUUUUAUUUUUUGGGUGCAUCUUUUGAUGAGGCAACUUUCAGAUCAAUGUUCUUCUACUUAGUUGGUGACAAUGGUGUAGGAGAACUUUAUAUUAGAAGAUGUAUUUCUUUUUUCUUGUAUAAUACAUAAGUGAUCUAAAGCACAACUUGGUUUUCA